UUUGUCGCAAAGCAUGGAAAACGCAAGGCAUUCCACGUCGGAAGUAAUUCUUCGUGUCGGCAACACAUCCGAAGUCAUUAUGAGGUAUACAAGAGUAAAUGUAAAGAACUGGGCCUGAAGGAAAAUUACCAUGCGAUACUGCGUGAUAUAGCGAAGCUGCAG